GUCACCGCCGGCGCCUUCAGCCGCUGUUGUCUUCCGAGCUGAGAUGACAAGGGAAGAAGAGUUUGUAAAAAGGACACUGCCAACAUGGAUGGCCCAGAAUCCUGCAGAAUAAAACAUGAAGAUAUCGAAGAACUAAUAGACAUCAUGGAGGCGAACAGGGAGACUGAAGAGCUCCUUGAAGCGGUAGAUAAACAUCAGGACACACGUGAAGAAAAAUCCAUAAGUCCCUCUUUCCAACACAGACCUGAAUUAUGUUUCACAUGCCCUCAGUGUGGAAAGAGGUUCUCUUGUGAACAAAGUCUCAAUCUUCACAUGAAGUUUCAUCGGGGAACAAAGCCGUACGCGUGUGAUCAAUGCGAUAAGAUAUUCACACUAAAAACAAACCUUAAUGAACACAUGAAAAUCCACACUGCAGAGAUGCUGUACACAUGUAGUCAGUGCGGGAAGAUAUUCACAGAUGAAGAAAACCUUAAUGAACACAUGAAAUCCCACGUUGUAGAGGUGUUGUUCACAUGUGGUCAUUGCGGGAAGAGAUUCACACAUAAAGGAAACUUUAAUGAACACAUGAAAAUCCACACUGGAGAGAGGCCUUAUGCAUGUGAUCAAUGCGGGAAGAGAUUCACACAUAAAGGAAACCUCAAUAAACAUAUAAUAGUACACACAGGAGAGAAGCCGCACUCAUGUGAUCAGUGCGGGAAGAAAUUCAAACUCAAGCACACCCUCAAUGACCACAUGAAGAUCCACACCGGAGAGAUGCCGUAUAUGUGUGAUCAGUGCGGGACGAGUUUCAGAAAGUUGGACACGUUCAGGUUACAUCUGCGAUAUCAUUCUGGAGUAAGACCGUUCUCUUGUGAUCAGUGCGGUAAACAUUUCUUUACGUCAGUUGCACUGAAGUAUCACGUGAAAGCUCAUUCAAAGGUGAAGCCUCAUGUUUGCUCCUUGUGUGGAAAGAGUUUUAUGGAAUUAAGUGGUUUAAAAAAACACCAGAAAAGACACAGCGGCGUGAAGAACCAUGUGUGUUUUGCUUGCGGGAAUACCUUUUUUGAUGGCGCCCAACUGAAGCGACACCAGAGAGUUCACACUGGAGAGAAACCAUACAACUGUCCGCACUGUGACAAGAGAUUCAGUCAGCCAGGACAUUUGAAAACGCAUGAGAAGAUCCACAGUGGAGUAAAGCCACACACGUGUGAUCUGUGCGGGAAGAGUUUCAUACGUAAAGGACACCUUAAGGGUCACACGAAAACCCAUGUGAAAGAGAAAGUGCAUCCCUGUCCUGCAUGUGGGAAAAAAUUCACUCAUUUAAAUUCUCUGAACAAUCAUACAAAAAACAAAUGUCUAAAAUUACAGUAAGUGCUUAAGAUCUAGUCUUUUCAAGUGUAAGAUUCAGAUCCGUUCAAAGUUUUUAUUCCUCCUAAAAGGUGUAAUAUGCCUUAUAAUGCUUAAUGGACUCUUAGUCUAAUUAUACCGUGAUUGUGACUUUAU